ACCAGUAGCAAGUGCGCCAAUUUGCCAUCGACAGUGUCGGCCGUGUCUCCGGCCGAGAACUAAAUCCCGCCCGGAGAGGCGGCUGCUCGAAUCGUGGUUCCCGAUGCUGGACAGAAUGCAAUUUGGCUGGGCGUACGAUGGCGUCAACGGUUCCGUGCCCCGCAAUACCGGUCCGGAGUGUGCGGAGUUCCUGUCGGCCGGCCGGAGGUUGAUCGAGUCCGUCAUCACGAUACCGCUCUGUCUGCUGGCGAUCAAGUGGUCGGUGAACCGGCUGAAGCCGAUCACGUACCGCCAGCUGCAGGCGGAUCGCACCGUCACCCGACCGCUCAGUGGCAGCAAUCACAAUCUGCACCAUCUGCACCAUUACCAGGCGAGGCACGCGGAUCCGGAACCGCGGGAUCUGCUGCUGCCCCACCACCGGGAGCGAUCGUUCUCGUCGGCCUCGAUUGCCAGCGGGACGGCGGAUGAGUACUGCUGCCACCGGUGCUGCCAGACACCGGCCGGCUCGGUGCGGGGCUUCGGACCGACGGGGGACGGGGCACUCGCCCCCAGCUGGGGAAAACAGUUGCUGCUCGUCACCAUGUCACUGACGCUGGGCGUCGAGAUAGGCUUUAAGUUCGCCACUAGGACCGUUAUCUACAUUCUAAAUCCCUGUCACAUCACCACCGUCAUACAGAUUUACCUGCUGGCGUGUAACAAGCCGACCAAGAGCUCGACGGUGCUCUUCCGGAUCCAGAUGAACUAUCUGAACGGUCCGCUGCUGGCGUUCAUGUUCCCGGAAACGGACAGCCGACAGCUGGCGCUCGAGGAGUCCAUCUACUGGAUCCAGCACGCCCUCAUGUGCAUCAUACCGAUAUAUCUACUCAAGACAGGCGGUGUCUACAACAUGGAAGCUUUAAACGACUUUACCUGGAACGUGAUCGGAUACGCCGCACUCAUCAUCUACCAUUUUGCAGUUCUACAAGUUGUGGCCAUCCCCGCACAGGUGAACCUCAACCACAUGCUCUGCCCAGCGUUGAAGGACCCGUUCGAGGGGCCCAACUACCGCAUCUGGGCGGUGUUCCACGAGGCCCUCCUUUGUACGCUGCUGUGCAAGGCCGUCACGGCGCUGUUCAACCCGAGGGGCCCGCCGCUCGUUACCAAUCCACCGUUCAUCAAGAACGGCACGCCGGGCGAUGCCACCCCGAACAUUCCCGCGGCCAGCCUGGCCUCGUCUACCUCGCUUCCGCCGCAUCUGAUCUCGUCGUCCCGUCCAUCGUCGCGCUCCUCGUCGCCCGCCAAGUCGGUUUCGAUGCUGCAGGAGAACAACAUCAUCAUCAAGACGAGCAAGAUCGACUAGUGGUUCCCACGGGCGUUCGUGCGCACGCUGAGUCUCCUUCUUUACCGGCGCAGGGCAGUAGUGGUUGGCAGUAGCUGAAACUGCUCCGGAAGAGAGUACGGUGAUGUGUGGAACUCUUCCGGUGAGCUUUCGUUUCGAAUCAAACCUACGAUGUCGAUCAGUUCGAUGACUGGUUGCGUGUACAUCAUCAGGUCCUAGUUCUGGUGGCUUCAGUAAACCGGAAACGGAGAAGACGCUCCCGUUGCGCUUAAAGUGAACUUAUCAUGGAAAUUAUUACGCUUUCCAACCAGACCAAGGUCUUCGAGGGGUUCAAGUUUCUUUCGCUGUGACAAAUUGGUUAACGAGACAGUACCCACUGGUCACCUCUUCACUUCAGCCCGGUCCGGUCCGAGUGGCCCAGCAAUCAUAUCAUUCAUCGAAGCAGCUAGGUCCAUGGAAACGUAUCCGUUUGCCCACGGGAUAUAUCAUUGGUAGUGGUCGUUGAUGCAGUACUGUGGCAGCGGCAGGUGAAAACCGACUAUGAGGUUCUCUAUAUUCUAACGAAGCGGUACAGAAAAAAAAACACAGAAUCGAAAUGAUGUAAUAACUCAUCGAUUGCCUUUCGUAUUAAAAUACACACUUACUCUAGAGCAGGAAUCAAGUUAUUUAAAAACGCCAGCAUAAAAAGCAAAGGCAUAGUAUCUUUAAACGACAGCAAAAAUUAAUAUUUAACCUUUGCUUUUAAAAAGUUAACGAUUAAACUAAUCAACCGAGAUCAAAGAUUGUUAACCAUUCGGUUCAUUCGGUUUACGUUAGGAGCGUUACGAAGGAUGGGCGCGUUAAAAACAAGGGUAGCCAGCAAAUGGCACACCACCAGGCUUGUAGUAGUGAAUCUUCUAAAUCUCGUUCUAAAAGCUAGUAGGAAACGCUAAGGAUGCAAUUAGUAUAAAACUUUGAAAAUGGGCAAAAAUGUAGACAAAGGCGGUGCUCAUCACCCUGCCAGGUGAACGAAAGUAGUGAUACAGUUAGAACAAUAUUAGCGGGCCGAGGGCGAAGCUAGGUGGAGUGCUAGUAGCAAUCGUAGUUACUGUUAGUGAGUAAACAAUAACGGAAAACCCGGCACCGGAGGUGGCGCACAUGUUAACUGUAAAACUGUUUUAAUUUGCGGCACGUACCGGGCGCGAAAGGCGACGACCGUUAGGGGUGAAGGUUGGCUGACCGUUGUGAUAUAACCUGAUCUGCCUGCAUUUUCAUCAAGACAAGAAUUGAAUUGGUUACAUAGCCACAUAGCUCACGGCGUCACAUACCAGGCAUAACCCCCGCCAAGGGCACCUAAUCAUUGCACCAGUUAGUAAGGUCCGGAAGAAGUUCUGGAGAGUUUGUUGUGGGUGCGAAAAGCACUAUUCUUCACGACCUGCGUCCAUAGAAUGUGCGCAUGUCGGGAGUCCUGAUACGCUGACCGGACCGUGUAAAAAGGCAGACCUGAACCCCUAGACACCUGACAUCAGACAAUACCUUUACCAGACCGCCGUAGAUCGAUCAGUAAUGUUGCCGCAAACGCAAACAAAGGCUAAGGCUAAUUUUAAUACCUCAUUCCUUAGUGGGCCCGUCGCGGGCCGAAUACUACGUUCCCGUCAUUUGAAGCGUUACUAAUCAUAGCAAAAAUCACAAGCGAGCAUAAGCACAGAAAGGGAGAUGCAUUGGGCGUCAACGCGUCAAGUCAAGCGUCAACAUUUAAUCAAUUUUUUCCAACGCAAGAGUGAGAUUUAGUAGAUACGGGCGGCAGCAACAGUAGGAGGGCGAACACUGGUCCGCGACUAAAACGACUUCUAUUUGCAGUUCUUUAAGAAAAAACCAACUAAUUAAAUACAAUCAUAUUAUCGUGAUAGCCACCCGCAGACCGCGGGCGUUCGCUAACUUCUUGUGUAGGUUUAGAGGGGCGAUUGGGGGUCAAGCGACCGCAAAUCGCUUUACAAAUUGACUUUGGCUGAUCAUUGGUUCAAGUACCGUUCAAAUUAAGGUAUCAUUAGUUGAGACGCCAAACAGGAGCACAGGACGGUGGAGAUUGUUGAUCAAUUCGUAUGUAUGACAGACACGCGCAUCUAGGCAAAGGACCACAAACCAGUCCGGUGACACUACCCGGAUACCCGGUUUCCUUAACAUCUCUCGUAGAUUUCUCAUAACGUUAAGCGUAGGUAACGUCAGAGCGUCAAAAUUCGGUUCGAAUCUUGUGUGCAAAGAGUCGCCUGCCGGAAGGAAACUACUCGUAUCAAUUCGGUGUGCCUUCGAAUCAGACGUACAGCGAAGUUUGAGAAAAUCAAAGGAUAGGCCAAGGACAGUGUUAUUCGUUUACCGAUUGCCCCGGAAGUGACCUCGGCGGCAUCCGGCGUUCUAGAAUUCAUCAGUACAUUCCCUCCUUUCUUCGCAGUGAUUCACUCUCUCCCCGUGUCUCUCUGUUUAUGAUUUGCAUAACCUAGUUAGAGGGUAGUUUACCAAACUGUAACAUAAAAAGUCCACAAAAGUAGCAACCAAUGGCAACAUCCUUGACUCACAGGUACAUGCUGAACGAAAUACUCUAUCAUAGGUCUACUACAGAAUCGCGGGAACGGCCGGAAGGGGUUACGGUUGCGCUUCGGAAACUAAGUCAAUAUGCAAUAAAAUUAGAAAAACGUUAAAUCUAAAGUAUUAAAAACGAUCAUAUCGCUUGCAAACCAAUUUCCAGCCAAAGGCCAGCGAAGGAAGGUGUAGUUUCUCCCCUCCCAGAGCCGGUAGGACGGUGUCGUCGUUCCACGAAGCGGAACUUUGGGAUGUGAUUUUUCGGCUGCUGACUGCUAAAGUAAAAACGACGUGAAUUAAAAGGAACAAAACAAACACAGAAACACGCCCAUUAUAUACUCCCUCGAGCUGCCUCUGCAAGCCCUCAUCAGAUAGUAUCAUUAGUCGCCCUCGCGAAGAACUGGCACACACGCAUGUUCCCUUCUACCGAAUUCGAUUUACAUCAGCCUAAAACGCGUUCAAAUCACUUUUGCACAUCACUGGAACGGAAUGUAAAAUUAUUUAGCAUUUUAAUCAAACACACACGACAAUGUACUAAACUAAUUUCUACUAAACGCUAGACUCGGUGAGAAAUAUACACAAACACACACAGACACAUACACGCGCUCUCUCUUAACAAAACGAAGGUUCAAUUGAAUUGAAUUAAUAAACUUAGUCCUGUUGGCAAACCUGGUAUGCCUAGUUAAGUAAAGUAGACAAAACAAAAAAGGAAAAACGGGAGCAGUAAAACCAACCUCUAGCGUAAGCAACCAAACCAACAUCCAACCAAACUAGUCACCAAGAGAAGAAAAACCAGCACUCACCUUCCUGUGAAGUGAGCAAAAAUAAUACAAUAAAAUGAAAAGAGUUACU